AUGUUAUGAAUACAUUAAUAAUAUUUUCUAUUCAUUAACAGAGAGAGAACAAUUCAUAGAAUAGCAAUAUAUCUGUAUGAAAGCACUUAGAUGGACAUUAGGUCCAGUCAGACCAAACACUGCUUAGUUAACAUUUAAUUUUAUUUACUAGAUGAAAAUUAAUCAAAAUAGUCAAAAUGCAGUAAACCAGCUUUGAAUGUGGAAAUAUAAAGAUGGAUUUCACCCAUGUUAUAAUAUCCCAAAAAUAUCAGUUGUAGGAAACAUGUAAAUGGAGAACUACAAAGGACCUAGGACUGAGCCCUGUGGCACACCACACUUUACCUGUGUCACUUUUACCAUCUCUUCAUUUACAAAAAUAACAUUUUAGUUAUCUGACAUGUAAUAGCUUAAGCAGGCAACCAUCUGUCCACAAAUGCCAAUAUGAUUCUUAAGUAUGCUCAGAAAUGUCUUGAUCUAUAGGGUCAAAAUAUGUGCUACAUAAUACUAAACGAUACUAUCAUAGUCAAGUGCGAAAUACGUAUUCUGGUUUGAGGAGUAUGGGCAUAACUGGAGUAGUAAUAUCAAUCAUCUUUUUUAUUCUAAAAUGCUUAUUUCUUAUGAGUUUUCAAUUAAAACUUGACAUUUUCUCACAUUAUUUCUCACAGUCAACUAAGAAUUACGUUCUCUCAUGUCCAGACAGAAGAGGCUUAGACGUUUUUUAGGGGGACUACUUGGUAUGGUUUGCUUGUAUGUUUUUUUGUACGGUAGGUGGCGUUGUGAGUCGGUGUCGUCCCGCGUCACGUUACCUGCCAGACGGAAGAAUCAGCCAUUUCGAGCGAGUUGUGCGUUCUCUUGUAUUGGUGACAUUGAGGGAACGUAAACCAUUUUCCACGUCGUUCAAAUCUUAAAGAAUAUACUUUAAUCUCAGUAAAUUCAAAAUAGUCUCAGGAAUUAUUUAGCCGUUUUUUUUAGUGAUUGUCGUUAUCAAUCUGGCUGGGUGCGGCAGAGAAACGACAACACCACAGAUUUAUAUGGAUAUUUCUAGCUACGAUCUUCAUCUUUUUUAAGCUCCAGAAAUAACACAAAUCUACAAUCAGGAUGGGCAUCGCGAAUUUGAUGUUUCCUGUCUUAUUAUUCGUGAACGGUGUGUUUGGUAUUGAGACUGAUCCAGUAGAGAUUCGUGAAUUGAUGGAAGGAGAUUCUGUCAUUCUAGGCACCAAGUGUAUUACCAAACUACAGAAAUAUGAUGUGAUUGAGUGGAGUUUUAAAUCUUUGGUCAUAGCUACAGUCAAGGAUAAUAAUCCCUCAUUAUAUGAUUCUGAUGAUGCAAGAUUCAAAGACAAACUCCAAAUAAACGCUCAAACUGGGGACCUCACCAUCAGUAACACCAGAACCUCCCUCUCUGGGCUUUAUGAAGUGAAGAUCACCAAUAUCACUAACACAUCAUACAGGAGAUUUAGGAUCACGGUCCUUGAUGCGAUUCCUACAAAAGUUUCCGUAACGGAGGGAGAGUCUGCCAUUUUACCGCAUAAUAUUGCUGAUAUACACAAAUAUGAUGUGAUAGAAUGGAAGUUCGAAGACGGAGAGACUCCCAUCGCUAAAAUUGACCAACAAACCAGUAAAAACCCCUCAUAUGAUGAAACUGAUGAGAGAUUCAGAGGCAGACUGAAGCUGGAUCAGACCGGAUCUCUGACCAUCACAGACACCAGAACCACCGACUCUGGACUUUAUAAACUACAGGUGGAAGGGACAAACGUAGCUCCUAAACACAGGAAGUUUCGUGUCACGGUCGAUGAAGCUGGUCUGUCCACAAGCAUUAUGCUGAUUACAGUGGGGAUAUGUUUGUGUGUCAUUGCAUUGAUCGCGGUUGCUGGUUGGAUUUACUGUCGGAAUAAGACACAGACUCAACAAGGCCUGUAUUAACUUUGCAUGCAUGGCCAGAAUCAACGAAAGUGAUGUGAAAGGGAACGGGGUACAGGAUCCAUUAAAAGGACAGAAAUAGUUCAGUGCUUCUGUAACAUGAGCUGUGGAUGAGUUGUGAUCGAGAAUAGAGAAUCUGCUUACUUAUGUUGUACAUUCACUGGAACAGUUUGCAUUACAAGCUGAUCAACGAUCCUAGUAUUUAUGGCACACUUCUUUCUUGUGUAUAAUUACAAGAUAUCAUGCCUGUUAUUGAUGCAUA